AUGACUAAUGAUUAUGAUGAAGUGUUACCACCCAACGACUUGUUUUUAACUCCAACCAUUAUAUCUCCACGAACCCUCUCAACAGGUAGAGGUGCUACAGUAGCUGGUAGAGGUACUACAACAGCUGGUAGAGGUGAUACAGUAGCUGGUAGAGGUGGUACAGUAGCUGGUAGAGGUACUACAACAGCUGGUAGAGGUGGUACAGUAGCUGGUAGAGGUGGUACAGUAGCUGGUAGAGGUACUACAACAGCUGGUAGAGGUGGUACAGUAGCUGGUAGAGGUAGUACAACAGCUGGUAGAGGUGAUACAGUAGAUGGUAGAGGUGGUACAACAGCUGGUAGAGGUGAUACAGUAGCCGGUAGAGGAACUACAACAACUGGUAGAGGCAGUACAGUAGCUGGUAGAGGUAGUACAACAGCUGGUAGAGGUGAUACAGUAGCCGGUAGAGGAACUACAACAACUGGUAGAGGCAGUACAGUAGCUGGUAGAGGUGGUACAACAGCUGGUAGAGGUGAUACAGUAGCUGGUAGAGGUGGUACAACAGCUAGUAAAGGUGGUACAACAGAUGGUAGAGGUGGUACAGUAGCUGGUAGAGGUAGUACAACAGCUGGUAGAGGUAGUACAACAGAUGGUAGAGGUGGUACAGUAACUGGUAGAGAUAGUACAACAGCUGGUAGAGGUGAUACAGUAGCUGGUAGAGGUAGUACAACAGCUGGUAGAGGUGGUACAGUAGCUGGUAGAGGUAGUACAACAGCUGGUAGAGGUGAUACAGUAGCUGCUAGAGGUGGUACAACAGCUGGUAGAGGUGGUACAACAACUGGUAGAGGUGGUACAACAGAUGGUAGAGGUAGUACAACAGCUAGUAAAGGUGGUACAACAACUGGUAGAGGUGGUACAACAGAUGGUAGAGGUAGUACAACAGCUGGGAGAGGUAGUACAACAGCUGGUAGAGGUGGUACAAUAGGUGGUAGAGGUAGUACAACAGCUGGUAGAGGUGGUACAGUAGCUGGUAGAGGUGGUACAACAGCUGGUAGAGGUGGUACAACAGAUAGUAGAGGUGGUACAGUAGCUGGUAGAGGUAGUACAACAGCUGGUAGAGGUGGUACAGUAGGUGGUAGAGGUGGUACAGUAGCUGGUAGAGGUAGUACAACAGCUGGUAGAGGUAGUACAGUAGCUGGUAGAGGUAGUACAACAGCUGGUAGAGGUGGUACAGUAGCUGGCAGAGGUGGUACAGUAGCUGGUAGAGGUGGUACAACAGCUGGUAGAGGUGGUACAAUAACUGGUAGAGGUGGUACAACAGUUGGCAGAGGUUGUACAACAGAUGGUAGAGGUGGUACAGUAGCUGGUAUAGGUAGUACAACAGAUGGUAGAGGUAGUACAGUAGCUGGAAGAGGUGGUACAGUAGCUGGUAGAGGUGGUACAGUAGCUGGUAGAGGUGGUACAGCAGCUGGUAGAGGUGGUACAACAGCUGGUAGAGGUAGUACAACAGUUAGGAGUGGUACAACAGCUGGUAGAGGUGAUACAGUAGCUGAUAGAGGUGUAGCAACAGCUGGUAGAUGUGGUACAACAGCUGGUAGAUAUGGUACAACAGCUGGUAGAGGUGGUACGGUAGCUGGUAGAGGUGGUACAACAGCUGGUAGAGGUGGUACAGUAGCUGGUAGAGGUAGUACAACAGCUGGUAGAGGUGGUACAGUAGCUGGUAGAGGUGGUACAAUAGCUGGCAGAGGUAGUACAACAGCUGGUAAAGAUGGUACAACAGAUGGUAGAGGUGGUACAACAGCUGGUAGAGGUGGUAAAACAGCUGGUAGAGGUGGUACAAUAGCUGGUAGAGGUGGUACAACAGCUGGUAGAGGUGGUACAACAGAUGGUAGAGGUGGUACAGUAGCUGGUAGAGGUGGUACAGUAGCUGGUAGAGGUAGUACAACAGAUGGUAGAGGUGGUACAGUAGCUGGUAGAGGUGGUACAGCAGCUGGUAGAGGUGGUACAACAGCUGGUAGAGGUGGUACAGUAGCUGGUAGAGGUAGUACAACUGGUAGAGGUGGUACAGUAGCUGGUAGAGGUGGUACAAUAGCUGGCAGAAGUAGUACAACAGCUGGUAAAGAUGGUACAACAGCUGGUAGAGGUGGUACAGUAGCUGGUAGAGGUGGUACAGCAGCCGGUAGAGGUGGUACAGCAGCUGGUAGAGGUGGUACAACAGCUGGUAGAGGUGGUACAGUAGCUGGUAAAGGUAGUACAACAGCUGGUAUAGGUGGUACAGUAGCUGGUAGAGGUGAUACAGUAGCUGGUAGAGGUUACCUGGAGGUUAUUCCGGGGAUCAACGCCCCCGCGGCCCGGUCUAUGACCAGGCCUCCCGAUGGAUCAGGGCCUGAUCAACUAGGCUGUUACUGCUGGCCGCACGCAGUCCAACGUACGAGCCACAGCCCGGCUGAUCCGGCACUGACUUUAGGUAUCUGUCCAGUUCUCUCUUGAAGGCAGCCAGGGGCUUAUUGACAAUUUCCCUAAUGCUUGAUGGGAGGCUGUUGAACAGUUUUGGGCCCCGGAAACUUAUGGUG